GAUUUUGCUUGAACUGUGGCCACGCGACAUGGAUAUCCACCGGAUGGAAUCAGGGUCACGCGCACAGGCGACGGCUGUCACCACGAACCUGACAGCGGGAAGCGACAUGGACGUGUCCCCGCAGACGCGGCUGCUGCUGGAGGUGCUCAUGGUGCUGAUGUGUCUGGGGGCCGUGACAGGCAACACACUGGUGAUCGUCAUCAUUGCUGCGACCAAGAGCCUCCGCUCUGUCACUUCAGUGCUGAUCAUGAACUUGGCCGUCAGUGAUCUACUGGUGGGCGUCGCAGUCAUGCCUUUCGUGGCCUUGUCCCUCCUGAACAACGGGUGGUGGACAUGCAAGGAACUUUGUCUGUAUGUGGGCUACACCUCCACCGUCUACUGUACGGCCUCAGUGCUAACACUAGCUGCCAUCGCCCUCGACCGAUACCACUCCAUCAUGGACUGCCUGCGAUACAGCUCCCGCUGCACCCUGUGGAGAACCUCCAGCGUGGUCUUGUGGAUCUGGCUUCAGGCUCUGGCCACCAGUUGCCCUCCUCUGUUGAGCUGGAGCUCAGUCAGCUUCGUGGUGCCCAUGUACAGCUGCGCGGUGAACUGGGCCGUCAGUCCCAGCUACACAGCUUCCAUGGUCACCGUCUCUUACUUCCUGCCGGCUGCAGUUAUCCUCUUCUGCUACGUGAGGAUUAUCAAAGUGGCGCGCGGCCAUGCCAGGAGGAUUCACACCCUGGAGGAUUCUGCCCGGCAGAGCAGGCAUAGAUGCUUUCCAGCAGCUUCUUCUCAGCGCCAGGGCGUCCCAUCGAAGCUGGUCUUUCAUGUCAGCGGACGCUUUGUUUCUGAUACCAGGGAGGAUUCUUCAAUGGAGCAGAGUAACCCUUCACCAAGACCUCUCCAUGCCGUCCAGUCUCCAGUGCAGAGCUCCCAGCAGCACCACCAUGGACUGCUGCGCCUUUUUCUGGUCAUUGUCUCUUUCUUCUUGUGUUGGACACCUUACAUUGGCGUUGCUUUGGUUCAGGCCGCAGAGAGCGCCCUCUCCGCUCCAUCCGGCCUCAUACCUUCGUCUGUUGUGACCUACUCUUACUGGCUGUUGCUGCUGAACUCCGACAUCAACCCACUACUUUACGCUCUGCUCAGUAAACGUUUCCAGGGUGCUCUACGGGCAAUGAUGCUAAAGCUGAGGGCCGGCCUCGGGGGUCAGGUGGGGGCGGACCAGGGCGACCACGACGACGACCCCUGUACGCUGACUCUGACCAAUCCAGGUCCUCCAUCCACCUCAGAGAGCUUCAUCAGUGACGAUCGGAGGAGCUGCUCGCCAAUGUGUACUGAUGCUAGUUGUAAGUUUAGUUGUACAGAAAAUUCUGUCUCAACAAGGCUGGACCUGGACUUCCUGCGGGUUCCCCCUCGGGCACAAGAGGGCAGCAGACUACCUUUCUCCGCUCUUACAAAAGCUCGAAGGGCUACUUUUUAUUUUGGGAACAUCACUGUCAGAGUGGAGCAUGAUAUCUGUUAA